AUGGACGAAGGUGUGAGAUCUGUUGGCCCUUCUGGGGUGUUGGUGAAGAACAGAAAUUCUUCAGGUUGCUUAAUUGUUAGAAAGAAACCGGAUGGGUUGAGUGGUGGUGUCGGUUCUUCCAGUUCUCGGAAGGUUUUUGAACCGAAGAAGGAGAAGAAAAGGUCGAGGUUGGUCUUAAGCGAUUCAGGGUCUAGUGAUGAGAUAAUGGUGCCUCCGCCUCCCCGUAGAAAGGUAGGCUCUGAAACUCUUCGGGUUUGUAAUGGUUUAAGAGCAUUAGAUAAGGGCGCUGUUGAAGGGAGCGAAGUUGGUCAAAAGAGGGAAAGAUUGGAACAUGCUAGGCGUGAUGAGGAUGGUAUGAUCGGUAAAAGUUUUUUGGAUGAGAGUGGAGGAAAGAGAAGUAAGUUGGAGGUGUUUGAAUUCGAUGAGUAUGAUGCAGAAAUUAUGCGAAGGAAACGGUUCAAUGAUGGGGUAGUUGAUUUUGGGGGAAGAAGGUUUUCCGGAUCACAAAGUGGCAUUAAGAGGGAAUUUGAAACUAGUUCAGGUAGACAUGCCGUUGGCAAGAGGAAGAAUUUGUACUUUGACAGGACAAGUAGCUUGAAUCGGGGAGAUCAUACUGACAGGGGUAGGUUUGAGAUGAAUAGGGAUGGAGCUCAGCUACCCUUAUUGAGAGACAAGUUCAUGGGUCAAUCAGAGGAGUCCAUUAGGCUACAGGGUAAAAAUGGUGUUUUGAAGGUUAUGGUGAAGAAGAAAAAUAAUUUGGGUGGGCCACUGGAGAACUAUAAUUUUCACAAAUCUAAAGAAAGUAGAAAGGCUCCAAGGAGUGAAGAUAUUGCGAAGAAUGUUAUUGUCCCUCCAUUUUACUCAGAACCAAAGCUUCUUGAGAAACCAGUUUCAGUUGUUAGGACAGAGAAAAACCAUGUAAAUUUGCGAAAAUCAUUACCCACUAAGAGCAGUAAGGGCUCCGACUCUGAUUCAGAGGAUAGUGAUACAUCAUUGAAGCUCGGACCUAAGAAUGUGGAAGCCUCUAAACCAAUGAAGAGGGCUGCUUGCAAAGAUGAAGAUGCUCCUUCAUUCGAAAAGACUCCUCCAAUCAGAAUCAAAGAAGGUAAAGUUAGACGUGGUAGUGGCACGGAGAAGCAAAAACUACGUGAAAGAAUACGGGAGAUGCUCCUGACUGCAGGCUGGACAAUAGAUUAUAGGCCUAGAAGGAACAGAGACUAUCUAGAUGCUGUGUACAUUAACCCAGCAGGUACAGCUUACUGGUCCAUCAUUAAGGCUUAUGAUGCGCUUCAAAAGCAAUUAAAUGAGGAAAAUGAGGCUAAACGUAGUGCGGAGGGGUCUUCAUUUUCACCUAUAACUGAUGAUGUACUCAGCCAAUUAACCAGGAAAACUCGAAAGAAGAUUGAGAAAGAAAUGAAAAAAGAAGCAUAG